CCUCUGUUGAGUUCUUCUGCCUAGAUGUUGAUGACAUAACACUUGUUCUCACUCUUCAUUUGAAGAAGGUUCUAAGAUAAUCCAAUCACUGUCGCUCUGGUUUAUAAAGUUGCCCCAGAGCCACCUUAAACUGGAAGCUCAAUGUCCCAAGGAUGAGGGCCCCUGAUCUCCUCCUGCUGCUGGCAGCCCCGUUGUUCUGGGUUCAAACUCGCGCAGGCUCUCACUCGCUGCUCAAUUUCACCACCACCGUGUCCCGGCCUGGUCUCGGGGAGCCCCGGUUCAUUUUCGUGAGCUACGUGGACGACACGCAGUUCGUGCGCUUUGACAGUGUCGCGGAGACUCCGAGAGUGGAGCCCUGUGUUGAGUGGAUGGAGCAGGAGGAGCCUGAAUAUUGGGAGCUACAGACCCAGACAGCCAGGACCCAAGCACAACAAUCUGGGGGAAGUCUGAGGGUCCUGAUUCGAUAUUUCAACCAGAGCGAGGACGACUCUCACACGCUGCAGGGGAUGCAGGGCUGCGACCUGGGACCAGAUGGGCGCCUGCUCCGCUGGUACAACCAGCUGGCCUAUGACGGCGAGGAUUUCCUCACCUUGAACGAGGACCUGAACUCCCAGACCAUGACCACCAGCACUAUAGCUCAGAUCUCGCAGCACAAGUUAGAGGCCCAUCUGAAGGCUGGCAACUGCGUGGAGCUGCUGCAGAAACACCUGGAAAAGGGGAAGGACACCCUGCUGCGCUCAGACCCACCAAAGACACAUGUGACCCAUCACCCCAUAAAGAAUGGAGAUGUCACCCUGAGGUGCUGGGCCCUGGGCUUCUACCCUGCUGAGAUCUCCUUAACCUGGCAGUUGGAUGGGGAGGACUUGAUCCAGGAAAUGGAGUUUGUAGAGACCAGACCUUCUGGGGAUGGAACCUUCCAGAAGUGGGCAGCUGUGGUGGUGCCUUCUGGGGAGGAGCAGAGAUACACAUGCCAUGUGGUCCAUGAGGGGCUGACUGAGCCCCUGACCCUGAGAUGGGGUGGGAGAGAAAGGAGCACCACUCAGGAAGCAAGCAGGGACAGUCGCCAAGACUCUCUCGAGAGACUGCUGUGGAUGAUGAGGAGACGACGCCUCGGUUUUGGAGGACUGAGCACUAUGAGUAUCAUGCAGGCCACAUCAGACAUUUUGGAUCAAUCGAUUUGUUACUCUAAAAAGGGGACCCAGCUUCAAUCCCCAGCAUACACAGGUUGGCUCACUGCCUUCUGAAACUCCAGUUCCAGGGUAUCUGAUGCCUUUUGCUGGCCUCUUUGGGAACUAUCAACUUUCUCAACCUGUGCAGAUCUCAUUUUGGAGCUCUGGGCCUCUUCUCAACGCAGCAAUCACUCACAGUGAGGCAGCAACACCACCACCUGAUGGAGAGCCUCAGAGUCACUGGGAUCUUGCUCUUUGUGGCAGCACCACCUGCAUCCAGUGCCUAAACUGCCACCUCGUGGACCGGAUGCAGGAGCUGCCAAGGCAGGUGCACCAGCCCCCACCCCACAUCCCCACCUGCCACUGUGGCUUCAACUUGCCCCACAUUUUGCUAGCCAGCACCUCACAGCCAGAGAGGAUCAGGACCACCUUGAACUGCCUGGUACAGGAAGGAGUUCACCACAGCCAGGAGCACAAUCCAGGGCAGCUGAGGGUCUCCAUUCCCUGGUUUGCAUGAGACCCAAACCAGAGGACACUUCUCCCAACACCUUGGAUUCAGUUUACUGUGGACCUGGGAGCCCUCAGGCUGCUCCUCCAGUAAGAACCUCUGCUGAGUUCACUCUCACUAGAUUUCCAGCUCUGGGUCCCUGCAAUUUCAGCAAGUGAAAGAGAGAUGUCCCUGAGACUCCAUGGCAGGUCUGCAGGCACCUUUAGCUCCUACACAGCUUCAGGAGAGCCACCAAGCCAGCAAAAGGCCAUGAACAGCCCACCUGUGCAGUGCAGUCUGCAGGGUGCUGGGUCUCACCAGUGCAUGCAGCUGCAGGAGCUGGCUGUGGACACCCGGGAGCCCAGCAGACUCUGAUGCCUGUAGCUGUCCCAGAGGAGGACAAGGACUCAGAAGCUCAGGUCACAGAUGACAGCAGGGAGGACUUCACCCCUCUUCAUCCUGGCUGCCCUUGGUGCCUUUGCUCACCCAGCUCCCAGCUCUCAACCACCCCAGUUGCCCAGGGGAGCCCAUGGCUGCUCUGCAUGUUGUGGUCCAUGCGGCUGCCCUGAGCUGGCUCUGGGCCUUGGAGUGAAGCUUGAACACCAGGGAAUCCAGAGAGAGGUUCCUGUGUGAGAGGUGGCCUGAUGGUGUGACCACAGUGACUUCAUGCUCAGCAGCUCUGCAGACUGUAAAAGUAAGUGCUGAAGAGGGAGGAAGGUGGCUGGCAGGUCCCCACCUGUGAAGACAGUGCAGGGAAGAAGCAGACAGUUCCUCAGGAGUCAGUCCCCUCAGCCCUGACCAGGACAUGGGUUUUCUUUGUUCUGCAAGUGAACCAACACUGCUGCUUCCUGCAGCACCUGGCAAUCCAACACUGCCUGAGUGAGAUGCUGAACUCCCCUGGAGUUCUUUGCAUUCUUUCCCUAGUAUUCAAAGCCAUAGUCUGGGGCUUCUGAGGUCUUGAGUUUGCAUAGUAAUCUGUGCAGUGAGCAAGCCACCAGAAAUUAGAGCGUCAAAUCCAGGUGUGGACUUGGAUUCUGAGGAGGAAUCCCAGGCUGGCCUCAGACAUCUGUGUUGAUGGGGACUCUAGAGAUGCCUUGAAAGUGACAGAGUUUUCUGGGUGUAUUCCAGGCAGCAACCAAAUCCAUCCUGGGAAAAUGAGAAUAAAAAGAGCAGCAAUGGGAACCAUCAUGUGACUCUUGCUGGGGAGUUCAGAGGAAAGAAACAGCCAUGCUCACAGAGUCAUAGACCACAGGGAGCAAUGAGGCUAGAAAGGAAAGCCAGCAUGCCAUGCUGACAGCAAGGAUGUGUGUGUGUGUGUGUGUGUGUGUGUGUGUGUGUGUGUGUGUGUGCGCACGCGCAUGCUCAGGCUUGGGACCAUGCAUGAGCUUAUAUAAGUAUAAGAAGAUUAAGAGGAGUAUAGAUGGAGAGAUGGCUCAGAGGUUAAGAGC